AUGAGAUCUACUAUCUUUACAUCACUGAUCGCGUUGGCGGCGGCGAUGACCACGGGAUCGCCCGUAGCUCGAGCCAAGAAAUCUCCCUAUUUCUUCCUCAUCGGCGACUCCACUGUCGCGGUCAACGGCGGCUGGAGUGACGGUUUCCUGUCCUACCCCAAAGACCCCGCAAAAGGCGAGAACAGGGGGAAGAGUGGCUCUACGACCGUCUCUUGGAAGUCGAACGGCCGCUGGGCUUCGCUUUUGCAGGGCAUCAAUGAUACAAAGGCCGAUUACGAGCCCAUUGUAACUGUUCAGUUUGGUCACAAUGACCAAAAGAGUCUUACCUUGGAUGAGUUUCGGGCAAUCUGGUUGCCAUUGCUGCCGAACUCAAGGAGGCUGGGGCGACUCCGAUUGAUAACUAAUCCUACCCAGAUAUUCGUCACGUCUCUCACUCGCCGUCGCUUCGAAGAUGGUGAAGUGGUCCAAGACCUUGCUGAAUGGAGGGGCAAGACGAUCGCAGCAGCAAAGACCAGCAGCAUUAAGUGGCUUGACCUCAACCUGGAGAGCACCGACUACGUCAAUGCCAUUGGAGAGGAUAGCGCCCAGUAUUACAACCUGGCGAGCACCGAUAGAACCCACUUGGGUGAAGCUGGCGAAAUCGUCUUUGGUCGCAUGGUGAUUGACCUCUUAUUGGAGAAACGAAGUGACCUAGACGCCUACUUCAGCGCCGACGAGGAGAUGUCUGACGCUACUGCGAACGGCGAGUUCACUACCGGGGGCAAGUGA